GAGCGUCAACUGCACCUGUCAAAGCGAACUUCACCAACAAAACCAGCGGAUCAACACCAGCCAGAUAGGAUCCGUCUGGCUGAGACGCUGGACGUCAGACGUCAACCAGGAUAUUUUGGUGCAGACUUGGAGACUGUAGUUUGAGUGGAGGAGUUUGUUGAGAUGUUCUCAACUUGAAGUGUAUUUACUUGAAUACUUUUUUUUUCUUUUUUUCAUAAAAAAGAGGAAGUGCGAAAAGCAGAAGAUGGAGGAGCAAAAAAGUGUCAACUUCAUGAGACUCUUGUCAGAGGAGAGCACCCAGUCCACAGUGUCUUCAGACUCCUGUGAGUACUAUCAGAUGGAGAUAUUUGACCUGCUGCCGAGCGUGCAGGCUUCCCGACCCGAGCCAAGCAGAAGCGUCGAGCAGGGCGGUGCAGAGUCUCAGGCAAGGCUCGGCCAUGGCCCCCUGUCCCAAGGACCCAGAGACAAGGCGUCCACGCAGCCCCUCCGAAACCUGGCCUUGUGCAUGCAGGGGAAGAGAGCUGCCAGGGACAUGAGGAAGAUGCAGAUCAGCAGUAUUGGAUUUUGGAAGUCCUGGAGGCAGAGUCAGAGCACCAACAUGAAGAGGCUCUGGGAGCAGAUGGGCAGCGCUGUGGCCGGCCUCUUGCCAUGGCGCCACACUCUCCACAGGAUCGAAGGCCGGUUUGGAGUUGGCGUCAAGGCCUAUUUCGUCUUCCUCAGAUAUCUGGUGUUCUUGAACUUGCUCCAUUGUGCCCUCACCGCCGGCUUCAUACUGGGGCCCACUUUAGUUUACGGCAGGGGCAACGACAGCAAACCGCUGACAUUUGAAAGCAACGACUCAGUUUUAGACUUCUUCUUGGGUUCGGGCUACUUAGAUCGAUCACCUGUGUUUUUUGGUUAUUAUACUCGUGGUUCCUUGGACCAGAAAUGCCUGAAUACACCUCUCCUCUACUUCAUCGGGAUCCUCACCAUCCUCUUCCUCAGUCUCAUCAUGGUGGUCCGCAGAACAACCGUCGGCUACAAGCACACCCAGAUGCUCGGGAAGCGUUACAGUACCAACCUGUGUUACAAAAUCUUGUGUGGGUGGGAUUUCACCAUCCAGGAUCCCGCAGGCGCAGUUCUCAAGCAGAGCUUCAUCAGGAACGACCUCAGACUGUUCCUGGAGGAGCAGAGUUUCUCUUUGCGAGAGGCUCAGAGGACUCUCGGACAAAAAGUGCGUCUCUGCCUGCUCAGGCUCGCCCUCAACUUGAUGGUUUUGUCUCUGCUGGGUGGAGCCUUUUACUUCAUCUACUUCUCCACAGAGAUAUCUCUGCAUGAGGACGGCCACCACUGGCUGCUCAGCCUCUUCCUUCAGUAUCUUCCUCCCAUGACCAUCACCUUCGUCAACCUCGUGCUCCCUCACAUCUUCCGUAAGAUCUCGUCUUUUGAGGACUACUCCGUCACCACUCAAGUGAACGUCACGCUUGUGAGGAGCAUCUUCCUGAAGCUGGCCUCUCUGGGAAUCUACUUAUUCUUUAUCUUGACAAACACAAAAAAUGAGCAGCAUCACUGCAGGGAGAAUCAGUUCGGCCGAGAGAUGUACAAGCUGUGCAUCUUCAACUUCCUUGCCACGUUCAGCAGCGUCUUUCUUCUGAACUUCCCCAGGAAGCUGGUGCAGGAAUGGUACCCCAGCUCUGCAGUGGCCCGGCGGCUGGGAAAGCAGCACUUCCUGAUCCCCUUCAACGUGCUGGACCUGGUGUACGGCCAGACCGUGUCCUGGGUGGGAGUCUACUAUUGCCCUCUGCUGCCGCUGAUAGGAACAGUCACUCUGGUGGCCACGUUCUACAUCAAAAAGUUCAGCGUCCUGCGCUGUUGCGUAGCAGAGCACCGGAUGUUCCGGGCCUCCAGCUCCUCCGUCUUCUUUCACUUCAUGUUGCUGCUCGGCCUCCUGCUGGCUGGAGUCACGCUGGGAUUCAACCUCCGUCAGCAAGAAGACAGAAACACGUCUCCUUGUGGUCCUUUUCCCGGUGAUCAAACUGUGCUUAAAGUGACAGAGACGUGUGUUGGCAGUCUCCCCUCGAUGGUGCAGACCAUCCUCCGGUACCUGGCCUCUGAGGCCUUUGCUCUGCCACUUAUACUUGCUGAGAUAAUAAUCUUAACCUCGUAUGUGUCUCGUGGACGAGCCAAUCAGAAGGCCAUCGACAGACUGAAAGACAUGCUGGUCAUGAGCAGCUCGGAUAAGGUUUUCCUGGUGAGGCAGCACGCCACCUUGCUGAGAGGUCAGAGGAAGAGGCAGCGAGUCGCUCAGGACGCUCCUGUCCUCCAGCAGAGAGACGCCUCGUCCUGACAUCUACUGUAAUCUGACCGAAAACAAACGUACAGCCUUCUCUACUCUUUGCUCACUCUUUUUUGCUCUGUUUUUCAUGUAAAUAAUUUAUUCCCACAUGGAUGUAUUAAACUGGAUUUGACGGUGA